AUGGUGGUGCAGCGCCGACCCAUGGACGUGGAGGCCGAGGUGCCCACGGCCGUCUACGCGCUGGACCUGCAGCGUGUGAGCCAGCUGCUGCGCAUCCCCGAGACGGAGCUGCUCUCGGGCUUCCAGGCGGACCCGUCGCGCUCCGAGAUCCAGGGCGUCAUCGUGGAUGCCGGCGAGAACGUCCCGUUCGAGACCGCGCCGAGCUCUCGGCCUCCGCGCCCCAUCAUGCUGCCCCCGCUGCCCCCAGGCCGCCCCACGGCCGCGCGCUCGCCCGCGCCAUUGGCGCUCACCCCCACGUCGCGCCGCCCGGCCGUGCGCCAAGUGCUGCUCACCGCCGCCGUGCGCCCGAGCAGUCUGGACGAGAACCAGCGCCCCAAGUGCCUCAUCCAACUGGGCCAGCAGACAAUCAUCAGCCACAUCCUCACGCAGCUCUACGCCGCUGGUGUGGAGCGCGUCGUGGUGUCCGUGGCUGCCGCGGGAGGGCAAAUCAUGGCGGCAGUCAAGCAGACACCUUUUUACACCAAGAUGCAGAUCGAGUUCCUGGACCUGGGGCGCGACAACGACGACGGACACGCCCGGUCCAUUCUCGCGGCCAGGCGCAUGUUCACCGGCCCGGAGCCGUUCCUGAUCCACACGGCCGACCACAUCUUCGACAAGUCGGUGGUCUCCAAGCUGUCAGCCUAUCAGCUGGGGGACGCCGUCGCCUGUGUGCUGGUGGAGACGGACAUCGCCGAGCUGACGGGUCUACCGCCGACGACAGUCAAGGUCAAGAUCAACGAGGACCACCAGCACGUGACGCACAUUGGACGUGACUUGGAGGACUACGACGGCAUUGACGCUGGUCUGUUCCUCAGCUCACCGGCCAUUUUCGACGCGUUGGACGCGCUGGCGGGGCAGAAGAGCUACUUCUCGCUGGCCGAGGCGCUCGACAGCUUCACGGCCAAGUUUUCCCGGGAGAAGAGCACUGCAGCUACCACUUCGAGCCGGUUGACGUACCUGCCGACGGCUGGAGAGACGUGGUUCAGCAUUGAAACAGAGGAGCAGCUGGCGUACACUCAAGACACGGAUGGCACGGCUGUGUUGUCGCCCUGGACGGUCUUCCUGGCCUCGACGCCUGUCGGGGACCCCUCGCUUACGAAGAAUGUGGUUAUUGGAGUGUCGGCGCCCGACCCGGACCUGUCACUUCGCGUUGCAGGCAACACGGACGGCUCCAAGCUGUUCAAGGGUUUUGUCGUGGGCGUAGGCAAUGCGGACUAUUCGGAGGAUGAAGCUGAAGUGGCCGAUGUUGAUGGGGAGGGGCUCACCCCGAGCGGUGCUUAUGACUCGGAAUCCCGGCCGCUGCUGUCGUUCAGUGCGCGCUCGAAAGGACUGUGGUCGAACCGCUCCGCGAGGUCUCCGUUCUCGGCGCGGUCGUUCAUGGACAGCAAGGGCUCCGCGUUUGAAAAUGACGAGCUGUCGCCGUUUGUGUUGUCGUUCCCCAUGGAUGACGAGACUUCCAAGACCGUCGAGGAUGUUAACUCCAAGCAUCACGCGUACCUGAUUGAGAUGACUCCGGGCGAUCCGUCAGGCGUUUUACCUCCGGGAUCAGGCAUGUCGGAGUACUUGCUGGCUGUGCCAGGCAAGCAUGAACAGGAUUUUGAAGAGGACGAGAUGUCUAUCGCGGGAAGCUUGGUUACUCCGCGGGCUACGCUGACUCCACUGCACAAGGCAACGAUUCUGCCGUCCGACAUUCAGCAGAUCUCGUUGAACACGCGUGGUUACGACGAAAACCUUGAGGUGACUGUCGUGGUGAAGCGCAAGGCCCCGAUCAUCGGUUACAUGUUGCUGCUUUCGUCUCUGUUUACGAUUUCCUCCGUGGGUGUCGCUCUGGAUGAGGUUGACGAUGUCGUCACACCCGUGAUUCGUAUCUUCUGGCGAAACAUGGCUACAUCGAUGGCCACCUUCCCCAUGGCGAUGUGGAUUCUUUUCCGAGGCGAACGUGAUCCGCAUGCGCCCAAGUUGAGGGAUCUGCUUCCUUCCAUUGUCGCCGCAGGUAUUGCGUACGCGUUCUUCCUUGGUUCGUUCGUUGCGGCGCUGUCGUUGACUUCGGUUGGUCACGCCACGCUGUUUAACAACGCUCACUCGACAUUGAUCGUGUUCUGGAAACUCGCUCAGCGACAACCCGUGGCCCCGUUCGAGGCCUUGGGUGCUGCUAUCGGCGUUGUCGGCGGUGGUAUCACCAGUAUGGACUCUACCCAGGCAGAUCCGAGCAUUGUAUCGCCGACUGCUGCAGGCGACCUCGUAGCACUCUCUGGUGCUGCAGGUGGAGCGAUUUACUUCACGCUGGCUAAAAAGGUGCGCCCGCACAUGCACCUGCUCGUGUUCCUGUGUGGCCUCACGGCUACAUCAGCAACCACGUUGCUCGUCUACAUGCUGGUUUCGGGUGAGCAGUUGAGUCUCUCCACGGAUCCGUACAACGGCGUGUUCGGGUGGUUGACUCCGUCGAUUCACCGCCUGCUUGUGGUCUUGUACCUCGUCUUCAUCUGCGAUGGCAUCGGCACAAUGGGCUACAUUGGCGUGAUGAAAUACUUCGAUCCCAUCGUCGUGUCAGUGGUUUGUCUGAUGGAGCCGAUUGUGGCCACGGCGCAAGGCAUUGUCAUGGGCGUGGACGCGAUGCCCGGACCUUUAACCUUUGUGGGAGCCUCUCUCGUUAUUGGUGGCACGUUCCUCGUGCUCCACUCGCAAAGUCGCAAAACUGAAAAAGUCGACGCUACUGAAGCCGUGCUGGCGUCGAAUGCCACUCCUCGGGCUGUGUACAGUACGCGCUCGCGUAAGAGGACGCCGCGCUACGGCAGCACACCCCAUUAA